AGAAUUAGUUGAAUAUGAAGCUAAGAUUAAACAGAUGGAAAGCACAAUAAAAAAUCUCCAAGCUUAUCCUGGAGCUUUGAGAGAAUGCGCUUCUCUAUCUGGUACUACAGAAGGGGAGCUUGAAAGGGUUCUAACUAAAAUUCAUAAACUGCAGACAACUAUCACAACACUUAAAGCUACGAAUAAUGUCGAUUGCAAAAAACAAAUGUGGAUCAAUCCAACUGAACAGACUAAGUGUGUAACUUUUGGUGUUGAUAUUCAAACGUUACGUCUACCUGGUGCGGAAGCCUUCCAGGUGUCCUGCGAUUCAAUGAUCGCUAGCGGGGGAUGGACUGUCAUUCAACGCAGGAUGGAUGGCUCCGUGAGCUUUAAUCGAACAUGGGAGGAGUACAGAAAUGGAUUUGGUGACCUGCGCACCGAAUUCUGGCUCGGGCUAGAGAAACUUCACUUGAUGACGAAGUUUCAGCCACACGAGCUCUACAUAAAGCUGGAGGAUUUCAAAAACGAAACACACUAUGCCCACUAUAGCAAUUUUUCAGUUGGAAAUGAAUCGCAAUCAUCGUGA